AUGUCAAUCAGCAGUUGUAGUUUCCAGGACCGGUGUGUGUCCAUCCUGUGUUGCAAAUUCUGUAAACAAGUGCUCAGCUCUAGGGGAAUGAAGGCUGUUUUGCUGGCUGAUACUGAAAUAGACCUUUUCUCUACAGACAUCCCUCCUACCAAUGCAGUGGACUUCAUUGGAAGAUGCUAUUUCACGGAAAUCUGCAAAUGUAAACUGAAAGACAUCGCAUGUUUAAAAUGGUGUGAAUGUCCUACUUUGGGGCAACUUGCCGGAGACAGAAGAAAAUACAGAUGAAGACAUGUUAGACACCUCAGCAGAGGAGUGCAUUAGAUGAAUGGGGUUAUGAGAUAUACAUAAUGUUCAAACUUUUUCCUGUUUAAAAUAUAUAUUAACAGAUGAACUUUAAAAUUGUUAGUAAGGAUUUGCCAGUGAUUUGUUUAAAAGCAAAAAUGGGGUAUUUGUUGAUUUAUUUAUUUGCUGUCUCAACUUAAUUACCUCCAUUUAAUUUGAGCCAAUGUAGUUGUUCUCUCCUUGUAUGUCUGUCUGCUUCUUCCUCUUCCCUCCCCCUUGCCCAGCAUAAGUGUAUUCUUAACUUCAGAUAGAUUUUACAUGUCACUCAGCUACCUCCUAAUCUGAGAGAGUUUUUCUUACAACUUGAGACCAGAUACCAUUAAUUUUACAUUCCUGUAUAAGAGAGCACUAGUAUCCACACAUAUAUCAAGCAGGAUAGAUUGAGCUCAACUGAAUAUUAACAGGGGGUUUUAAAAAAUAGGCUGUUAGGUUUCCAUGGAUACUGUUUGUCAUAUGUUAUAUUGGUGAUUACUUUAAUAUGGAACAACACUUUGUGAAUCAGCAAAUAGAAUAAAUUAAAAAAAAACUUUAAAAUGUAUGGAGGAAUCCUCUUGAUUCCUCAGCAUGAUGUUAGGUCAGAAAAUU